AUGGGUUGUGCCGGUAGCAAGGACGAGGGCCUGGGCGGCGGUAAGAUCAAGGAUCGCUACCGCACGUUCCAGCAGGUUCAGGAGGCCCUCCGCAAGAAUGGUCUCGAGAGCUCGAACCUCAUCAUCGCCAUUGACUACACCGCGAGCAACACCAUGCAAGGCAUGAAGACCUUCGGGAAGCCAAACUUGCAUGACCAAGGAAACCCGCCCAACCCCUACAAACAGGCCAUCUCGGCCCUCGCACAAACGCUCUCUCCCUUCGACGAGGACCAACUGAUCCCCGUUUACGGUUUCGGCGACGCCAGGACCCACGACAACGCCGUGUUUCAUUUCAACCCGGGCGGCCGCAUGUGCCACGGUCUCGAGGAGAUUCUCACGCGGUACUCCCAGCUGACCCCUCAGCUCAAGUUCGCGGGGCCCACGUCGUUCGCGCCCGCCGUGUACGAGGCCAUGAAGAUCGUGCAGCAGUCUGGCAACCAGUACCACAUUCUGGUGAUCCUCUGCGACGGCGGAAUCACCGGCUCCGGCAUCACCGGGGGCGCGCGCUGGAGCCCCCAGGAGGAGGAGACCAUCCAGGCCAUCAUCGACGCCAGCCACGUGCCACUGUCGAUCGUUGCCGUCGGGGUUGGCGACGGCCCGUGGGACCAGAUGGAGCACCUGGACGACAAGAUCCGCAACCGGCAGUUCGACAACUUCCAGUUCGUCGACUUCGUGCGCGUCCUGAAGAAGAGCGGCGGCGCAGGCACCACCGAGGGGCUGGCAGGCUUCGCCGCACACGCGUUGAUGGAGGUGCCGCAGCAGUUCCGCAUCUGCACCUCCCUCGGGUACGUCGGGCGGCCCGGACCGAGCCACGUGCCGCCGAAGUGGGCGUCGCGCAUGCCGCUGAUGCCGCCGGACGACGCGACGGGCGGCGGCGGCGCACCGGCGUUCCAGGCGAUGCCUUCGGCGAACAACUACGGCGGCGGGCCCCCGCCGAACAUGUUCCAGGCCGUGCCUUCGUUCAACCACGCGCCGGCCGGCGGGUACCCGCCCGCAGCGGGCGGCGGGUACCCUACCGUACAGAAGUUUUGA